AUGAAUUCUAUUUUAUUUACUGAAGAAGAAAGAUAGAAAGGGAUAAACGUAGAUUAAAUACACCCAUUAGAGUAUGUACAUGCAAGAAACUACUAGUUGCAAAAUAUACAACAAAAUAUAUAAGUUUAAAGGAAUAUUCAGCAAACAAAUGCACUAGAUUCAGUUUAUUUGACAAACUUAUUUGAUCAGUAUAGAAAGAAACAUUUAGAUAUUUAAGAGAGGAGAAAAUAGCAAGAGAGAUUCUUAAAUCCUAAUCAUUUUGACACUAUAUUACUAAAUGAAAAUGAAUUGACGCGUACUAAAAAAUUUUAAUCUGGAUCAGUAAAAGAGGGCACAUUUGGCAAUACAUAAUAUAUUUCAUAAUAAGAUGAUUAAAAUGACUUUAAAACAAGUCAAUUUAAUGUGCAGGAUUCUUAAGGAGAGGAAGAAUUAACAGAAGCAGAAUUAAAAAAGUAAGAAACUUUAAGAAAUCAAUUAUAUAAUGAGUAUAUUGAAGGGUCUGAACUUGAUCAAAAUUAAGUGAUAGGAUCUGUUUUUUAACGACCAGUUACAAAAGGAGAAUAAGUCAUAUAUUCUGUAAUUGAGCAGAAAAAGGAAGAAGACAAUGACAUAAAAGAACUUUUGAGCUUAAAGAAAGAAUGGCUAAAAGAACUAAACUAAGAAAUUGAAUAAAUUAACAAAUAAAAUAAAAAACUAAAGUAAAAAGCAGAUAAAUCAGAAGUUUGCCGUAAUACAAGAUUAUUAUCUAAAUUGGCUCCUUCUCUGUUUACUCAGUACCAUGUAUAUUUUGAUGAAAUAUUUGAUGCUUUAAUGGAUGAUAUAUUAGAAGAAGAAGUAGAGUACUUUAAUCAAGUAGAAGAAAUGGAAGUAUAGCAAUUAAAUGAAUAUGAAAAAAAUAAAAACACGUAUAAACUAAAAGAAGUAAUAAGAAAUUAAUCAUUAUCUAGUAACUUAUUCGCACUUAUGGAUAACUUAGAAUAAUAUGCUGAAGAAUUUAAUGAUAAAUAUAGUGAUGAAGUAUGA